CGUUACAUACUAUCUAUGCCUGAUCCAUUUCUUCUCAUCGAUACUCACGCAGAAGGGUUGUUCUGUAGAUUUUUGUGUAUGGCAAGGAUAAGCAUAGCUUCUGCAGUCAUGAGCCCACUCGAACUAAACUUAAGCUUACAGGUUUGUCAUGUCUGUCCAUAAUAUGGAACACGGGUAAACCUCGGAGCCUGGAUUGUGUGUACUUAAGGUUGCAGAGAAGAUCAUGUAGCUCUGCGCAUUUCCUUUGCUAUGUCUUCUUACCUGAAAGUUUCUGGAACAAAUCUCGUCGACGGGGGCGGCAAAGAAGUCGUCCUCAGAGGGGCAGGUCUCGGAGGGUGGAUGAACAUGGAGAACUUCAUUUCUGGAUACCCUGGCUGCGAAUUCCAGAUCCGUGCUGCUCUCGCUGAAGUCGUGGGACCCAUUAAAUCAGAAUUUUUCUUCAACAAGUUUCUGGAGUACUUCUUCCAGGAGGAGGAUGCCAAGUUUUUCAAGAGUCUUGGACUCAACUGCAUUCGGCUACCUUUCAACUACAGGCACUUCGAAGAUGAUAUGAAUCCCCGUGUUCUCAAAGAAGAGGGUUUCAAGCACCUUGACCGUGUAAUUGACCUCUGUGCCCAGCAAGGCAUUUACACCAUUCUUGAUCUCCAUGCUGCUCCAGGCGGUCAGAACACUGACUGGCACUGUGAUGCUGGCACGCACGUCGCAAAUUUCUGGGUGCACAAAGAUUUCCAGGAUCGUACAAUCUGGCUCUGGAAAGAACUUGCUAAGCACUAUGUUAACAACAAGUGGAUUGCUGGCUAUAAUCCACUUAACGAACCCACUGACCCCACGCAUACCACUGUGAUCAAAUUCUACGAUCAAAUAUACGACGCCAUCCGCUCGGUCGACACAGAACAUGCCAUUUUCUUCGACGGGAACACAUUCGCAAGUGACUUUUCACAUUUCGGUGAUAUGCACAAGAAGUGGCAGAAUACUGCGUACUCGAUCCAUGACUAUAGCGUAUACGGCUUCCCUGCCAGCCCAGAGGACUAUGUCAGCUCCGACGAGCAACGACGGAGAAUGAAAAGGAGCUACGAGAAGAAGAGGGAAUGGAUGGACCAACGCGGCCUCUGCGUCUGGAACGGCGAAUGGGGCCCGGUCUACGCCAGGAAGCAGUACGAUGGCCUUGCUACAGACGCAAUCAAUGAAAGACGGUACAAGGUUCUCAAAGACCAGUUGGCCAUCUACAACGAGGAUCGUCUGAGCUGGUCGAUCUGGUUAUACAAGGAUAUUGGAUUCCAGGGCAUGGUCUACGUUUCACAAGAAACGCCGUACAUGGCACUGCUGAAGGACUUCUUAGCGAAGAAGCAUCGGCUUGCUGUGGACGCUUGGGGUGCUGACACCUCUCAUGUCCAGCACAUAUACCAACCUCUUAUCGAUCAUGUCACGAAAGAGAUACCGGAGGAGAACCAGGACCUAUAUCCGUUCCCAGUCUGGAAACUAUCCCAUCGUGUCGGUCGCUUGUCCCGCAGCAUACUGGUGGCCGAGUAUCUUGUAAAGGAAUGGGCAGAACACUUCCGUGGAAAGAGCGAAGUUGAGCUCGAUGAGAUUGCGAAGAGCUUCAAGUUUAAAAACUGUCUGCACCGUGAUGGAUUGAAUAAGAUCUUGAUGGACAGUGCACAUCUGGUUGCGGAGCAGUAGUAUGAACUGGUGACUAGUUGUACGAAUAAAAGCACUUACUCAAAUGGAGAUCUGUACGUUAGGC